CCGGCAUUCAUGAUAUGAGGAGUGAGCAAAAUCGAGACUCGAGAGUAUGUACAUAACGUAUCGAAUCUAACUAUUCUAGCAAAGAAAAUCAGAUUUCCAUCUCGUUCACGUUUUGCCUGCUACGUUAAACGUCUUCUUAUUCGUACUGGGUUACAUCUUGUGAUUUAGCCAUGGCCAGUUCGCGGCGGGAACAGUGAAGAGUUAUUGAUUCUCUUGUCAUACUUUGAAGGUGCACUGAAUUGAGUGAAUUUGAUGUGCGCCAAUGCCGACUCUCAUUUAAAGCUUUUAAUGACGAGCUUAUGAGUUUAAAUGGCUCUCUGUUAUCGGUGACACGAAACUGAGCUAAAUUUAGGGAUAUUCGCUUAAAAUUCACUGUGAAAUCUUUCGUACGAAGUUUGCGAAACACUCAGACAUGAACCCUACAGAGCGUCUGAAAACUUUGGAAAAAAUCUUCACCGAAGGUAUUCAAGACACUGCAUUGAGCACGGAGACUUUGCUCGAUGUAUUUCUCGUCUUGUACGACGAAUGCUCCAGUUCGUCUUUGAAAAGGGACAAAAACAUUUCGGAGUUCGUCGAGAAAGUUAAACCUAUUGCGAAGCGUGUAAAAGAACUUAGAUUGUCUCGCGAUGAUUUCGAAAUGCUUAAUCUCAUCGGGAAAGGGGCAUUUGGCGAAGUCGCCGUUGUCAAAAUGAAAAGUACAGACCAAGUAUAUGCCUUGAAAACGCUCAACAAAUGGGAAAUGUUAAAAAGAGCCGAGACUGCCUGCUACAAGGAGGAGAGGGAUGUGCUUGUUAAUGGGGAUCACAGAUGGAUCACAAACCUACAUUAUGCAUUUCAAGAUGAUAGCUUUCUGUACUUUGUGAUGGAUUACUACAGUGGAGGUGAUCUACUGACAUUACUCAGCAAGUUUGAAGAUCACCUCCCUGAAGAAAUGGCAAAAUUUUAUCUUGCCGAAAUGAUUCUGGCCAUCAACUCCUUACAUGAAAUGGAAUAUGUCCAUAGGGAUGUCAAACCCGAUAAUGUUCUAUUGGAUGUCAGUGGUCAUGUGAGACUUGCUGAUUUUGGUUCAUGUUUGAAAUUAAGUAAAGAUGGAACUGUCCAGUCAGCUGUUGCAGUUGGCACUCCUGAUUAUAUAUCUCCAGAAAUACUACAGGCUAUGGAGGAUGGAAAAGGAAAGUAUGGAAAGGAGUGUGACUGGUGGUCUUUGGGGAUCUGUAUGUAUGAAAUGUUUUUUGGCGAGACACCAUUUUAUGCAGAGUCCUUGGUGGAAACAUAUGGCAAAAUAAUGAAUCACAAGACUUUCUACGAUUGGCCCUCUCAUGUUGAAGUUUCUGCCGAUGCUAAAGAUUUGAUUCAAAGAUUGAUCUGUCGAGCAGCACGAAGACUAGGCCAGAAUGGGAUUGCUGACUUUAAAGAACAUCCAUUUUUCAAAGGCAUUGAUUGGGAUAAUAUUUCUGAAAGUGAGUGUGAACCACCAUAUUUUCCUGAAGUCAGUGGUGCAACAGAUACAUCAAAUUUUGAUGUUGAAAUUGAUGGAAAAGGAAAUACUUGUACUCAACCAAAAUCCCUGUCCUCUUUCACUGGACAUCAUCUACCAUUUGUAGGAUUCACAUUCACGAAGAACAGCCCUUAUUCAGUUGGUUCUAAAACUAAAAAUACAAGAUUUUUGAGUCAAUGCAUGAGUAACGGAGAAACCAAGACAUUGAAACUACUCCAUAAACAUGUUGUCAGAUUUGGCUCUGAAAAUAGAAAAACCACGUUUCAGACUCGACAACUACUCCUCAGAACUCCUCCAAGGAAGGCAAUAAGCAGUGUUUCGGUAGAAGCGUUUGAGAGGCGCAUCAAGAAAUUGGAACGCGAGAAAUCAGAACUGAGCUGGAAACUUCAAGAGUCAACGAAAGUCUUACAAGAGCAGUCAAUCGGUAAUAAAUCUGGAGGCGGUGGAAGCAAAUCCCAAUCGGGGAAUCUAACUGAGGAACUGUCACUUUUGAAAAGAAGAAAUGACGAAAUCGAAGCGAAAUUAAAAGUUAAGGAGAAAGAACUUGCCGACUUAUCUAACGAAAAGAAGUCGGCAGAAAGUUCCUCAGAAGACGUGAAAUGGAAACUGAGAUCUGCCGAAAAAGAGAAGAAAACAUUAAAAGAGGAAAAAGAACUUUUGGAAAAGGUAUAA